CAUGUGAAUAAAAACACAAGUCCAGGUGUGUUUAUGAUGACAUAACUACACUAGAACAGACAUUAGAAAAAAACAUGAUAAGGGCCCCCUGUGGCCCCCCACGAUUCACAAGUCUUUAUAUAAACACACCGAAAGAAAACAGUAUCCAACAACUUUUGUCUUUUGACUCUGGACCUCGCGCGAGAUUAAGUUUGAGCGCGAUGUCAGUUUCCUCUCCGCCCCUUCCUCAAACCAGACCCCAGAUCCGAGACACUCGAGAGACACGAGACACCGCGCUGGAAUAACGGGCACUGGAGUUCGGAAAGGAGCAGGAUGCAGGAGUCUCACCGUGAGUCUCCGGGAGCGGAGCUGCGCGCUCUGUUCAUGAAACGCCACGCCGCUUUUGCGCAGGAAAUGUGGGCGCUGUUUGAGCAAACUGUGACGCAACUGGAGAAAGAAGUGCGCGAUUUACGAGCGGAAAACGAAAGACUGCGGUGCCUCCUGAAAAAGAGCCAAAAGAACCGAGUCCCGCUCAAGGCACAGACCGAGCAUGAACACAAACCAGAAUCGGAUAUGGAAAUUCUGACAGAAAACUCCUCGGAUUCUGAAGACGAUUGGAGACAACAACAGCGCAGCGUCGCCCAAACCGUCCAAUCAAAGCAGGAGGAGCUGACGGAGAACUCCUCAGACUCUGACUGCGAGGAGGAACUCAAAUGCACCACGAGGAGAGAGACUGACCCACAGACCAAGCACUCCUCCCAGCCACAGGGGCAUGAAGUAAAAACGAUAAAGCUCUCCACACAGGCUCCAAAGAAAAACAUAUUUGUGUGCCCCCAUUGUAAGAGAUCCUUCAGUCACAAAUCCAUCCUGGACAUGCACAUCUUGGCCCAUGAGAGAAACAGAACCUUUGACUGUUCAGAAUGUGGAUCGUCCUUCACCUACAAGUACCGUCUGGAGCGCCACAAGGGGAUCCACCUGAGGAAAAGGCCCUCAGUCUGUGAGAACAAUGCCCCAACACAGCACACGACUGACACCAACACAGAGACAAAGAAGCAGACUCCUCCAUCUGAAGAGCAAUAUGGCAGAGAACCUGAUGGAAAACCUGAUGGAAAACCUGAUGGAAAACCUGAUGGAAAACCUGAUGGAGAACCUGAUGAGUUGAAGGAGCAGAAACAUGUGCAUGCACGUCCCAUGUGCUUUCAAUGCAACAAGACCUUCUCCACCACUGGAAAUUUGCAUAAACACAUGCGGAAUCUUCAUGGGAACAAGUUCUCGAAGAGGAAGAGGCAGAAGAACCUCGAGUCUGGGCACAAGCACUUGGCCUGUCCCACGUGUGACAAACGCUUCCUGUUUCGGAGCAAGCUUGAAAAACACAUGAAGUCCCACACACACGUGACCUCGCCAGACUCCCACGUGACGUCUCCAAACUCCCACGUGACUUCUCCAAACUCCCACGUGACGUCUCCAAACUCCCACGUGACUUCUCCAAACUCCCACGUGACUUCUCCAAACUCCCACGUGACGUCUCCAAACUCCCACGUGACUUCUCCAAACUCCCACGUGACGUCUCCAAACUCCCACGUGACGUCUCCAAACUCCCACGUGACGUCUCCAAACUCCCACGUGACGUCUCCAAACUCCCACGUGACGUCUCCAAACUCCCACGUGACGUCCACACACACACAACAAAAGAUGGAGAAGCGCUUUGAAUGUGACAUAUGCCACAAACGUUUUCGAGACCGCAACUACCUGAAGGACCACCGCCGAAUGCACACCGGAGAGAAACCUUACAGGUGUCAGCUCUGUGACAAGUCCUUCACCUUCAAGACACUUCUCCACACUCACAUGAAAACUCACAGAGAACUUUACCACUGACCACACUCAAAAGAAAGGAUCAUUUAUGUGUAUCAGAUGCCCUUCCAUACCUCUAUAUCCCUUUGUGUCAGAUGCCCUUCCAUCCAUGCCCUUACACACCUGCGACACUGACUGCUCUCUGACAGGUCAUGGACUCCUCUGUCUCCUCUGUCUCCUCUGUCUCUGCUCAUCUGCUGUAACAGAGCCAUGAGUUUGAAGACUAUUGGUUAAUGAAGUUACACAUUGAGUUGAAGCUUAAUUAAACACUGAGAUCUUAUUUGUUGAACAGUACCAUUGUGUUUCCUAUAUAAUGUGCUAUGUGCUUCUAAGCAAUUUCCUUUGCAGAACUGGGACUGUGGAGACAACUGUUGGAGGGGGUUGUCACAAAUUCUUACAGAACUAGGACUGUGGAGAUAACCAACUGGCUUAUCUAAACAGACUUGGUGUGAUUUACAAUGGUUUGGAGGGGGUUGUCACUUCCCCCAAAAAAGAAAUGCUGACACUUCAAGGCAACGAUUCAAGGCGGGAACCUGCUCAACAUAUUAUUUGCAUAUUCAUAUGGAUGUUUAUAAAAAUUGGAUUGAAGUAUUCAGAAGGGGUCAGAUGCCUGAUGUAAGCCCUAUGUAACUUUGUAGGCAGUUAGGGACAACAAUCUGACCCAGAGCUCUGUAUUAGAAUUGAAUUGUCAGGGGAAUAAAUUUUUGUAACUUAAAUUGAUUGAGUCUAGUAAUUUUUUAUAGAACAUGCCUAACAAGAUGGUAUUCACCGUCCCAAGAGCUCUGCUCUUAAACACGUCUUUGGAAAAUCAUUCAUUGUGAAUCGUCUCCUAACCUUCAUUUCAAAUAAAAUAUGAAUUGGAA